CAUGGAUGUAUUGGUAUUAAGAGAUUUUUAUGAACGUGGACGCAUCUUCCGCAAAUACGUAAUUUUAGACAUGCGCACUCUUCACUGCCAACAGCUUUGUUGGGCUGCUGGUUGCUAGCUACAUGCUACUGCUAACUAGCAAGUAAGAUUUCCUGCCUGUGACUGGACACAGCUAUGGACAUCGACGCGUUAUUGGAGGCGUUUCAAGAUUUUGAGAAGAAAGGCAAGAAAGAGACCUGUCCGGAACUAGAGCAAUUCCUGUGUCAUGUUGCCAAGACGGGGCAGCCAAUGAUCUCGUGGUCACAGUUCAAAACAUACUUUGUGUUUAAGUUGGAAAAAGUCAUGGAUGAUUUCCACGCUUCAACACCAGAACAGAGAGCACCACAUAAUCCCAAUGUAGAUUAUAUUCCCUUCGAAGAGAUGAAGACGAGGAUCUUAAAAAUAGUGGAUGGUUACAAUGGAAUCCCAUUCACCAUCCAGCGUCUAUGUGAACUCCUUACAGACCCCAAGCGCAACUAUACAGGAACAGAGAAGUUUCUCAUGGGUUUAGAGAAGAAUGUAAUGGUGGUCAGCUGUGUGUACCCCACAUCAGAGAAAAAUGGGGCAUCCAGUGUAAACAGAAUGAAUGGAGUGAUGUUUCCUGGUAACUCUUCUCUAUAUUCAGACAGUCGAAAUGUAAAUGGUCCAGACACACCAAAACCGCUCACCAGACCAAAAUUGUCAUUGUCGGCUUCACUUUCCACCAACGGGCUGCCUGACUGUGCAGUCAGUAAAGAGCCAGAGCCAACCACAGAAGAGGUGGAGGAGCACCGUAUCGGUGAUUCCUCACCAUCAGAGGGUGAAAUUACACCAAACAGUGGGAUAAAGAACAAGCACCCCGAGGAGGAGGAGGAUUCUGAUGCUGGUAAACAUGAGGUCAAGAGGCUCAAGUUUGAUGAAAAAGAGGAGGAUGAAACAGAAAGUGAAGAAAACAAGUCGUCUUGUUGUAAAGAGUCAGAGAGCUCGUCGGAAGAACCAGAGUCUUCAGAAGAACCAUGUGGUCAAGAGUACAAAAGUGGAACAUCUAGUGACACACCUGCUAUUUCAGAGGAUCAUGAGCCCAGCAGCACACAGGCAGAACCUUCUGAAAGGGAAGAAAACUCAUCUGAGAGGGGGGAUGUCCACAGUCUGGAGAAGGACAGCACUGUGGGUCACCCUGAGCAGCCUGCUCCAUCAGAGAAGGGUACAAGCUUUGAGCAGGAACAUGGGGAGAGCAGCAGCAGCAGCAGCAGUAGUAGCAGCAGUAGCAGUUGUAGUGAUGGAGAAGGCCUAGCCAGCGAAAAGCAGGUCCCCUCUUCUAGUAGUUCACCUGACUUGUCAACAGAGGGCAAAGCUGACAGUUCAAACGGCGCAAAGACUGCAAUAGAGCCUGGGGAACAUGACUAAAUUGAAACCCAGCUGACUUAUUUUUACACUGUAUGAUACCACACCAAGGGGUAUAUCUGUAGCACUGUGGACCUGUGGACCAGGAGCAAUGUGAACCUUGAGAUUCUACACAGAGGGAUCUUUUUGUCUGCUUCAAUUUCAAAUACUCAAGUCCACACAUCACCUGGUCUUUAAACUGGAAGGACAUGAUUUAAAGAUUAUGGAGACUCUGCUUUUUUUCACUGUUGACUAAACAAUUUUCUAAUCCUUUUUUUUUUCUUUUCUUUUUUUCUGAUUUUUAUAUAAGCGUUAUAAUUUAACCCUGAUAACUGAUGUAUUCAGUGAUUUCAUUAUUCUUAAGUCAUUUGUCAAGCAUUUCCAAAAUGAUAUAUUUGACAGUUUGAGUUGUUUUGGCCUAUAGUAUAGUUGUUUUGACUAUUUUUCUGAUGAAUAUGUGUCUCGCCUGUGUUGAAUCAGAACACAUGCCAUUAAGAAUGUGAAGCGACACUUCACAAACAUCUGUGCUUUUUCUGUUAAGCACACAGCAUUCAAAUGUAUUUCUUAUUAACAUUAUAUUGCACUUGUUUUCUUGAAGAAUGUGAACCAUUUCAAAGUUUUGCUUUGUCACUGUAUGAAGACAAUACAAACACACAAUUUGCCAGAAGUUAACCAGUUGGGUUUGAUAGAAUAUUGGUUUUUGGCUUAAGGGAAGCCAUUUCUGCAUCAAAAUCUGUUAACAGGACACAAGAUAGUUUAACACUUGUUAUACAUUAGUUAUACAAAUGUCCCUUUUGAUAGCUUGGAUUUUUACAGUACGCAUCUGUAAAUCCGUUUUUGUAGACUUGUAAUACAUAUCCACUGCCUUCGUAAAACUGAUAAUCGCUGGAAGUUGAAUGCCUGAGCUUGUAUCAUAGUAUUCAUGGAAAGCAAUAAAUACUAAAAAUGUAAA